AUGGCUAAAAUUCCCUUCCAAGAGUUAAUCGGAAUUUCGUUGUUUGCUGCACAGCUAACUCGUCUCGUAAACCUACUCAGUUAUUUCAGCAAUAGACAUGAAGUUUGGAAGGCAGCUAAACGUGUGUUGCGAUACCUAAAAGAAACAAUUAACUACAAAUUGAACUAUUUGAAUUUAGAAGAAUUUAAUGUAAAAGGUUUCUCUGAUGCUGACUAUGUCAAUGAUCCAGAUGGGAGAAAGUCAAUUACAGGUUACGAGUUUCUCAGUCAAGGUGAAGCGAUUUCUUGGAGAUCUAAAAAACAAACAACUACAGCAUUUUCGACCUACGAAGCUAAGUAUAUAGCUUUAGGAUCCUCAGUGCAAGAAGCGUUCUGGUUAAGAGGUCUUGAAGAAGAAAUUUUAAAUACAAACCUAACUGCAACCAACAUUUGA